GGAAAUGGAAGUCCCUCAGGGACAGGUACAUGAGGGAGAAAAGGAGGGAGAAAGAGGAGGGGAAAAGGAGCGGGUCAGCGGCAAGGACAGGGAAGAAAUGGAAGUUCUUUGCGGUCCUGUCCUUCCUCGACCCCUUUGUCACACCGAGGGAGACCAGCAGCAACCUUCCUCGGUGUGCAGAGAUGGAGGUAGAGAUAGAGGAUGACGGGGCUGCAGAGACUUCAGGGGUAGGAGAAGCAGACGAGGAGCGUGAUGAGGCAGCAGCAGCAGCAGGGCCAUCGCACAAUACAGAUCAGCUGUCAGGAAAUGAAUCGGACCCUGUCGAUGUUCCUGCUGCUGCUGCUACUGCUGCUACUCCUGCCCCUGCCGCUGGCCCUGUCCCUGCCGCUGGCCCUGGCCCUGCCCCUGCCCCAAGUCCACCGAGCGGGAGGAAGAGAGCAAGCGGGGUACCAUGUGGGAACACCCCGAUACAGGAGGCCAUCCUCCAGGCCCUGCAGAGGGAUGGAGAGUUGUGCGCGGACGCAGAGUUUUUAAACGGCCUACUUCCUUCCCUGAAGAGAUUGCCACCAGACGCAAAGGAGUAUGUGAAAUUCCAAAUUCACAAAGUCAUAUUUGACGCCACCCAAUUCACCCUUAAUUUGGAACCCGUCUAAUCAUGCUCCUGCUCAUUAGCAAGAGUGGUGGUGACAAUCUCUCCAGGGAAAGAACUGGGCUGCUGUGAC